ACCAAGGACGACCAGGGGAAGCCGCUGUUCAACAAGGGCCACGUCACCUUCGACGCCGUCUUCAGCUCCCUCGUCGUCAUCUUCCAGCAGGCCGUCACCAUCAUCGUCGUCGCCAUCCCCGAGGGCCUCCCGCUCGCCGUGACGCUCACGCUCGCCUUCUCCAUGAAGAGGAUGGUGAAGGAGAACGCGCUGGUGCGCCGCCUGUCGGCGUGCGAGACAAUGGGGUCCGUCACAGCCAUCUGCACCGAUAAGACCGGAACGCUGACGCUCAACCAGAUGAAGGUGACCGAGUUUUGGGUCGGCACUGACCAGCCCAGAGGUGCCACGGCGAUCGCCGGGAGUGUCGUCAGCUUGCUCUGCCAGGGAGCUGGGCUCAACACAACAGGAAGCGUUUACAAGCCGGACAACGUGUCGCCGCCGGAGAUUACAGGCAGCCCGACGGAGAAGGCGCUGCUGUUGUGGGCCGUAGCGGACCUCGGCAUGGACGCCGACGCGCUGAAGAGGAGCUGCAAGGUGCUGCACGUUGAGGCAUUCAACUCGGACAAGAAGCGCAGCGGUGUGAUGAUCAAGGACAACGCUACCGGCGCGGUGGUCGCGCACUGGAAAGGUGCCGCGGAGAUGGUGCUGGCGAACUGCUCGAUGUACAUGGACACGGACGGAGCGGCGCGUGAGCUCGGAGCGGAGCAGAGGAGGAACCUUGAGAAGGUGAUCAAUGACAUGGCAGUCGGCAGCCUCCGGUGCAUCGCCUUCGCCUACAAGCAAGUCGACAGCACUACUGAGCAAUCGAAGAUCGACAACGACGGUCUCACACUGCUGGGCUUCGUCGGGUUGAAGGACCCGUGCCGACCAGAGGUCAAGGCGGCCAUUGAAGCUUGCACGAAGGCGGGCGUCGCCGUCAAGAUGGUCACCGGCGACAACAUCCUCACGGCCCGCGCGAUCGCCAAGGAGUGCGGCAUCAUAUCCAGCAACGACCCCAGCGGCAUCGUCAUCGAGGGGCACGAGUUCCGCGCCAUGUCGCCGGAGCAGCAGCUGGAGAUCGUGGACCGGAUCCACGUCAUGGCGCGGUCCCUGCCGCUGGACAAGCUGGCGCUGGUGCAGCGGCUGAAGCAGAAGGGGCACGUGGUGGCCGUGACCGGCGACGGCACGAACGACGCGCCGGCGCUCAAGGAGGCGGACGUGGGGCUAUCCAUGGGCGUGCAGGGCACGGAGGUGGCCAAGGAGAGCUCCGACAUCAUCAUCCUCAACGACAACUUCGACACGGUGGUGACGGCCACGCGGUGGGGGCGCUGCGUCUACAACAACAUCCAGAAGUUCAUCCAGUUCCAGCUCACCGUCAACGUGGCGGCGCUCGUCAUCAACUUCGUGUCCGCGAUCACCACGGGCAAGAUGCCGCUCACCACCGUGCAGCUCCUGUGGGUGAACCUGAUCAUGGACACCAUGGGAGCCCUGGCGCUCGCCACGGACACGCCCACCAAGGCGCUCAUGGACCGGCCGCCCAUCGGCCGCACGGCGCCGCUCAUCAGCAACGCCAUGUGGCGCAACCUCGCCGCGCAGGCGGCGUUCCAGAUCGCCGUGCUGCUGGCGCUCCAGUACCGGGGGCGGGACGUCUUCGGCACCGACGAGAAGGGUAACGGCACCAUGAUCUUCAACGCCUUC